AUGUCAAAAAAAGAUUUACCGUCUCAUACAAUCAGCAUUGUUGGUUUCAAUGGUGUGGGAAAAUCAUCGUUAUGUAAACGAUUAAUUUAUUCGCAUUUAGACAAUUAUAAUAAUUUGGGUAUAACAACACCAGAUCGAAAAGAGCUCUUACAAAACCCAUGGCUUUAUUGGGGAAAUGUCAAACAUCGGCGUCAAGAUGAUAAAUAUGAAGUAUUACUUCAUUUUAUAGAACAAACAGAAUUGAACGAUGUUGGUAGUAGAGAUAAUCAUGAAACAUAUAUUAAACGAGCCAGUGCUGUCACAAUAAAAGUAGAUGAAAAAUUGACAACAAAUAAUACUAGCUUCGUGUCAAACACUGGCGAUGAUUAUUUGUCGUCAAACAGUUUCUUAUCCUAUCCAUUACUGAAGCGUUUUCCUCGUGAAUUUAGAGUGAAAAGUCACGUCGACGCUUUCAUAUGUGUUUAUGAUCUAAGUGGUGAUGAUAAUUUAUGUUCUAGUCAACUACAACAGUCACAAUUUGACUUAUUUUUGUCAUUAUUAAAUUCAUUGCUCAAAACAAAACGUCCACUAUUAAUUGUUACUACGAAAAAUGAUAUUGUUUAUCGACAAAAUAUACAAGUAGAAGUGUCAUCUAAAUUUGAACAACGUCUACGAAAUUUUUUAGUUAACACUACUACUCUAUCAACAACAGAUAUUCAAACACAUCUUCCACCCAUUCUUCAUACAUCCUCUCAGGAAAACAUCAAUAUACAAUCAAUUUAUGGAAUACUUGUCAAAUUAUGUGAACAAUCAUCAAUAUCAAAUCGCAAAUCAUCAUCGAAUACAUCUCUUUUGUUUCAAAUUCCCUCAUAUAUUGAUGAUUUAAAACAACAAGAAAAAUUACAACAAAUACUAAUUGAGGAUUAUCGGCAGUUACUGAUACGCCAUGUAUUAGAUUUUAGAGAUACAACAUGGUUACGAUUCUAUCAAAAGUGGCAUCAACAUAUUGGAGUUGAACGAUUUAUAGAAACAUUUGGAAAAAAACAAGCAGAAAUUGUUUAUAAUGAACGUAUAGAAAAUCUAAAACAAUCCUAUACAAAUACUUACAAACAAAAAAUAAUUGAUCAACGUUUAAUUAAAAUUAUUCAUCUACUUACAAAUGAGAAAAAUUUAUUAUUAUCAGCAAGAAACUGGAAUUAUUUGAAAUCACAAAUGCAAAAACAUCCUCUUUAUUCAUCGACUGUAAUAAAAACGUCAUUUACAACAUUAUCUAAUCAGUAUUUUGAUGAUUCAAAUUUGUUAAAAAUUCCUGAAGAAAUAUUUAACAGUGAAGAAGCCAAAACCAAAUAUGACGAUUAUAUUCGUCAACAACAGCUCAAUACAAAACGUUUACAAUAUAGUCAAGAAUUUUUUGGUUUAUUAGAUCUAUUUUCAAAUGCUGGUCUCAUACGUUAUGGUCAAUCAACCUUAGAUAAAGACUGUGUCUAUUUUUUGGGACGUGAUUGUUAUGAGCAUUUAAAUCUACAAGAUCGUCUAGCCGUCUUUGUUCUACAUCAAAAACAUUUAUAUAAAGGUUUAAAUAAACAAUUUAUUGAACUUUUAUUUGAAUCAAUCGAAACAUUUAUUCAAACAUUCCAUAAAAUGAAUCAAAAUGAAAAUUUAUCAACAACAAAUAAUCGUAAAGUGACAACGGUAUCAAUCGAUGAUAUAUUUGAAAAUGAAAUUAUUAAUCAAAUAAAACAUGAUUCGAGAUAUCAAGCAUUGAGCUCUCACGAAAAUGAUCGUCAUCGUUUAAUUAUGUGUCAUUGUCAUUUUUUAUACGAUACCAUUUAUUAUCGAUUAUUUAAAAAUGAGCAACAACAUCGAAAACGUUCAUUCAAACGUAACAAUAGUAGUAAACGAAUCAAAUCAACUUCAAUUGUGCUUGUCAAAGACGAUGAUUAUGAAUGUCCGUAUGUGAAAAAGUUUUACGUUGGAAAUGAUGAAAAAACUGAAAUACAUUGUCCAAUGGGGGAUAAGUGUAUCGAUGUUAAAAGUCAUGAAAUACUUAGAAACGUUAACGUAAACAACAGUUCACCGUACAAAUCAACGUCUCAAUCAAAGACAAAAUAUAUUGUACUAUGCGGCAAUGAUAAUGACGUGUUUGAAUGUCUGAAAAUUUUUCAAACGGAGUACCCAAACAAUGAAAUAGGACAAUAUAUAGUGCGUUUAUUAACACUGGAUGACAUUAAAACAAAGAAAAUACAAAAUCUUAGUGGGUGUAUAUUUGUAUCUCCAAAUGGACGGCAAAUGUUAUCAGAAUGGAUGAAAAAUAAAGUGACCAGUGUCAAUGAAAGAUCCAUAUUUCAUGAUAUUUUAUUUGUGAAUUUAUUCUCAAAAUUGGAGGAUAAUACGACUUUACCUACGUCUCACUCUUUGCAUACAAACCACGACGUAUUUUCGAGUUUUUCAACACAACAAUCCUAUUCAAACAUUCCAAAUGACAGUGAAUAUUUUUUAGUAGCUUCCUCUUCGCAUCCUAUUCCAACAUUUGAUCAGUUAAAAACCUGUAUUAAAACAUUAUUAACAUAUCAAAAGUCGACAACAUCCAAGUUAUAUAAUCAUACAGUAAACAAAGAGAAUAAAGUUGAUUUAAAAAUUUUAUUUUGUUUAACAUGUGGUGAUAAUGAUGCACAAAAUAUUUCGAUUCUUGUGGAGCAAAUUAUGGAACAAUUUAAAAUCAGUAGAUGUUUAAAAGUUUAUUCCAAUUCAUUUGUAAUUGAAAUAUUCCUGGGAAAAAUUAGACGAAAAAUUGAAUUUGUUUUCAAUUCUUUUCAUAGUGUAUUUAGUUCAAAACUAAAUAAAUUUGACGGAUUUAUUCUUUUAUAUAACAGUAACAGAUGUGCAGCAUUUAAUACGAUCAGAUAUGUGCUCAACUAUAUAAGUAACAAAUUUUACAAUAAAUUAGAUGACGUCUCGAUAAAUAGUGAACAUCCAUCAAUACCUCAGCCACCCAUAUUUUUAUUAUGUUGUCUCGACGAUAAAGCAAAAUCCAAUAUGACGUUGAUAAAUCAUAAAAUGACAAGUAUACACCAAACAGAACAACAAAAAAAUUUAUAUCAAAAUGGUAUUUCUAAUAAGUACAACAAUGAUGAUGAUGGUGAAAAUGUGCGAAAAAAGUUGAUAAAAUUCCACGUUAAAACUAUAAAUGAUUUUGUUCAAAAUCAUUUAUUGUCCUUUCUUUACGAUUGUUGGCUUUCAAGGCAUACUGAUGAAAAUGAUAGUGGUAGCGGUGAUCGAUUAUUCGCUGGUGUCACAUCUUAUUUUGCACAACAAUCUUCAUUGUACGUACCUUCGACAUCAAAUUUAAUGACAUGCAGUUUGGAAAGAAAUUUGAAUAAUCGAAUUCAAAAAUAUGAUCCUCGCCUUUUCCCAUCGGUAACAUCAACAGUGACAAAGUCAAAUGAGCAUUCGCCAUCUCAUGCCAUAAUAUUAACACCAACAAACGUGGAUACUGAUGAUACGCUUUUCUGUUAUCGUUCUUAUCCUCAUUUAUCAUCAACAUCUCCUGAUGAUAUAAGUUCAAUAAUGAAAGAUUCGUCCAAUUUUACCAUUGUACCUACGACUCCUAUUGAGAAUGCUUUUUCUUCACCAUUGGCAUCUUCGACAACAUCAGUGCAUACACCACAAUGUGUUAAAAAAUCGAAUAGCACAAGGUUUCCUCAUUUACUUGAACAUCCAAAGGGCACAAAUUAUCUGCCUACGAGUGACAUAAUAUUAAAGAAAAAUGAAAAUUCUAAACAACAAAUGAAAUUAAUCUCAAAUAAUAGAAAUAUGAAUCAACGUAGUGCAACUGAAGUGAAAGUUCCACUAGCUACACCAGAAAUAAUUGAAUUCAAUGAUAACCAUAUGUUGGAAUUAAAUAUUGAAUCGAUAACAACAAAAACUACAACUGAUGAAGCAAUGACAACAUCUCUUACUGAUUCAUCAAUGGUUCAAUUAACAUACGCAAAUACUGAUUCAUCAAUUGAUAAUAGUUCAAGUGACGAACGAGUAAAAGCAGUUGCGCUUACAUUGUCAUCGUCACCUCAACAGUCUACAACAAAUUUACAACGCAAAUUAUCCGAUCGAAAAUCAAAACGUAUUCGAAAUACUAAAAAAUCGGAUAAUGGUCUUGGUUCAAGUACCGAGAUGUAUAAAAAAACUGGCUCAGAUGAUGAUAUUAUUGAUAAUCAAAAACAAAAGAAAAAACGGCGUCCAAGUUUUAAACGUCGAAAGAAAAUGAAUUAUGAUACAACACAAACAGAUUCUGGAAUUGACUCUCAUUCGAAAGAUGCUACUAUUUUAAUGAAAACAGAAAUAACUGUUGUAUCAAAUGAAGAAGAUAGCAGUGUAGGAGAUUAUACAAAAGAUAGUAAAAAAAGUGAAUCAAAAAGUCCUUCAAAUGCGAGUAUUGGUACAUCAUCAUCGACAACAAUAACUUUGAUUACUCCUCUUGUAUAUAAAUAUACAACAACGAUUACUUCCACACCGAGUGGACAUAUGCCAUUAUCUUCAUCAACAAUAUCGACUGAUAAUACCAAAUAUCAUUAUGCUGAACGUAUUCCAUUGUCAAAAUGUAUUUUACAACAAGAAACCGGUGUACCACGUUUCAUUCAAAAUUGUAUAUCAUUUAUUGAAAAAUAUGGUCUCUCAUGCGAAGGAUUAUAUCGUGUAUCUGGUUAUAGAAAUCAAGUCGAUUUAGUUAUUAAAAGUUUAAUUGAUGAUCCCGACUAUGAUUUACAUGUACUUGAAGUUUCAGCAAGUGCAGUUGCAACAGCUUUCAAAGAAAUGAUGAGACGAUUACAUGAACCCAUAUUAUCUUUAGAUUUGUUCAAUGAUUGUAAAAAUUUAACUGGUUCACAAUUACAAGAACAAAAUUUUCUACCAUUAAAAGAAGCAUUUAAACAUCUUACAGAUGUAAAUUAUAUAACAGCAAAAGUCAUUUUUAAACAUUUAAAUUUUGUAUCUCAGCAUGCUGAAUCAACCCAUAUGGAUUCAUCAAAUCUUUCGCUAAUGUGGUGGCCAAAUUUGUAUCAACCACAAUUUACCGAUUUACCCAUGGCUGGUGAAACAUGUCAAAAAAUAAAGCCACUUGUUCAAGCCAUUAUUGAACAUUAUUCAAUUAUAUUUGAUGAUACUGUCAAUCAACGUUAA